UUUUAAUGGUUAUGCCAAUUGCAAAAAUGUUUCACAAAAUUUUUUGUUCAUGCCUCUUAUUUCUAGUUUUGCAAAAAUUUCUCCCAUCAGAUAUUGAAACUAACUUUCAACAUACAGCAGUUUUUGUGAAAUAUCAAAUAUUAAUUCUGCUUUUUGUGUAUCACAAACAAAAAAAAAAAAACCAGAAAUUUUUUGACCUUUUUGAAUGAGUACUAAAAGCCUGAUUUAUAGACCAUUUUAGACCAUUCUUAAACGGCGAGCAAAUGCAAUAUUAAAUAUGUGACGUCAUCAGGCGAUUCCGAGAUCAGAAAUUGUCAAUAAAUGUAAGAAGAAAUAAUCGUAUGACUAUAUACAUACUUAAAAAGCCCCUGAAUUUUCUGGAAAAAGCAGUAUCUGUAUUUUAUCAAAGGAUACAAAUUUUACAGAAAGGGUUUUGCUUAUGUUUAUUUAUCUCGGGAGAGCAGUUGUAUUAUGAGCUCAUACCACUAAUCAAAAAGGUACAGGGCAGUUUAAUAAAGCUUAAACAGAUUGUAUUAAAAGGUAGAAUUUUGUGGAAAGAAUAUUUUCUAGAACUUAUUUUUACAAUUAAAAAAGGCAAAAAUAAAAAAAUUGCUGAACUUCUAACUUCUGAACUUCUCGUUGUUUUUUGCAACUAAUGUCUUGUCACAAGGUAUUAGUAAGAUUUUAUGCAUUAGACGACUUUCUCUUUUGCCUGCGACUUUUGUAACUUAUUAUUUUCCAAAAAUUAAUACAUGGGCUGCCUUAAUUUCUUGGAAAGUUUCUUCACCCUAAAGUGUUGGUCGACCGCAAAAGUUAAUUUCUGAAAUUUUUUGGCAAUGCAAAGGUUUCUCCCUCCCAGCAAGAAUCUCGUGUCCAGGGCUUGUUAGGUUUUUUGUUCAUAUUUCUCCUCCCCAGCGUACAAAAAACUUAAAAACCUGGGGAUGAGGUUAUUUCUAUCGGAAAAGUUUUUUCCCUUAAAGUAAAUUCCAGCCUUAAAAUUACUCAAUAUCUCUUCAAAAAAUUCCUGCUAAGCCUCAAACCUGUGAAUUUUUCUGUAUCUUUACAAAAAAAACCUUGUGUUGAGCUUAAUUUAUGCGCAUAUUAUAGUUGCCAGAGGGGUGUGUUGUAAGUAUGUGAUCAAAUCCAACAGAGGAAGUACUAUAUGAGAUAAAAAGAGUUUGUUUUUUUAGUAUCACUUGUUCUUUUUCCAGGGACAAAUUAAAAAAAGAUAUUAAAAUUUAUUUCUUCUUGCAUUUAAAACAAGGGUUAGAGUCAGUAAAUUGACCUGUGUCUUUAAAGCAUGGUCAGGGCUUAUCUCGUGAUGGCGUAGCAAGGGCAUGUGAAUUUUUAGAAAACAUUUGGAUCGAAAUAUGCCCGGAAAAAGCGAAACAUUAUCUAACCUGCUGUAUGUACCGACCCCCGGACAAUUCACUUCACUUACACAAGAAGUGGAAAGAAUAUUUUCAAUACACACUUGAGACCGUUAACGAUGCUAGAAGUUAUCAUUAUGGGCGACUUUAACGUUAACUAUAAAAAUGAUUAUUCAGAAUUUAAAGAGCUAAUGGCUGUCCAGGAAUUUAACCAGUUGGUAACAGCGGCUACGAGAACAACAAGAGAAUCAAGCACCCUUAUAGAUUUGAUUUAUACAAACAAUCGCUAAUUCGUUCUAAAAAAGUUAUACGCUUGAGUAUUGGCAAUCAUUAUUGUGUCACUUGCGUUCGAAGACACGUCGUAAUUAUACCAACCACAACCAUAAUGAUUUUUCAAAAGAAUUAAAUAAACAAAAUUGGAAGCAUUUGUACACAUUGGCUGAUGUAAUUAGUGCAUGGAGUUAUUUUAAAAAUAUUUUGUUAACCGUAAUCGAUAAACACGCGCCGCUCAUACAAAAGAGAGUGAAGGGAGGCAAGUGCCCGUGGUUAGGUACGGAGGCUAGGAGACUUAUGUCUCGGAGAGGUACUGUCUUGAGGAAGGCACGAAAAUCAGGCAACAGUGCUAAUUGGGGCCUUUAUAAAAACCUAAAGAACCGAUGCAAUAACAUGAUAAGAAAUGCAAAGAACAGUUUUCACAAAAACAUCCUUAUCAAGAACAAGAAUAAACCAAGAAAAUUUUGGAAAAUUAUUAAAAGCAUUUUUCCAACAAAAGGGAAGUCGGAAAACAAUGGUACAUGUACAUCGGCUGCAAAAAAAACUUAACAAAAGCUGGUAGUUUUUGUUCAUAUUUUUUCACAUGUGCAAAUAAACUUAAAUCUGUUGCACUGCCAAUAAAGGAAUUUAUAUGGGGUGAGCCAAGUGAAGUGAAUGAAAAUACGAAUUCUGUUUUUGCGUUCACUUACGUUUCAAAUGUAUUUGUUGAAAGUCAGCUGAAGAGCUUGCAGCGCAAGAAAGCUACAGGUUAUGACCAAAUACCAUCAGGACUUUUGAAAGACGGAGCCACAGCGUUAUCAAGUCUCUUAUCGUUCAUCAUCAACUUGUCACUAAAAACAGCCACUAUACCAACUGAAUGGAAGUUGGCGAAAGUCAUCCCAGCUUGGAAAAUGGACGAAAUGUGAAACUAUCGACCGAUCUCCAGUAGUAGUAGUGUGUAUCCCCCAUAUUUGUGAGGUUAGCCAUGUAAAAUAUCCACAUCUAGCAAUGAACUUUUUUAAGAAUUUAUAUAUAAAAGCAGGGAUGUGGUUACAAAUUUUAAUCUGGGGGCCUAUGUUGGGUUUCCCCUAUUUAAAAAAUGAAAGUUGAGAAUUUGACAUUUUUUUGCAAGAUAUAUACUUAUUAAUAAAGCCUCUAUUUUAUUGAUCCACUUUUGUAAAUUCAUAUAGCUCAAAAUCAUUUGCAAAAGCAUAUAAAUUUUAUUUUUGAUUUUAAGAUAUAUGAUAGAGUCAUAUAACCUGACUAAUAAAAACUUGAAUAUAGGGUUUGGUGAAAAUAGAAUUGUGGAUAUUUGCUUCACUCGUAACCAACUAAAAAAGACUUUGUAGUGCAGUUUGAUAGUAUAAUGCCACAUAUAAAGUAGAAGUUCAAGUUGAAAAAAGAGUUCUGUCUGGUACUACAAUUUGCUUUAUAUUGUGAGUUGAUUACGUAAAUUUACCUAUUAUUAUAUUCUUGAUUUGUCAGGCUAUGGAAAGCAAAAAUAGAAGAAAUAAAAAUGAUGCUGAAAAAAAUACAAGUGACAUAUAUACUGUUGAUUUUUCAGGCCAUAACUUAAAAUUAGUUCCAAAAACAUUGAACCAAUACAAAAACUGUAAAUCUCUUAAUUUGUCAUGCAAUAACAUUGAAUCCAUUGCUGAAGACACAUUUUCAGAGUGUCUGCACCUUAAGGAAGUAAAACUUUAUGCAAAUCGUUUACACAAUAUACCAUGCAUCCGAAAGUUACCAAAAUUAGAGGAAUUGCAAUUACAGUUCAACAAGAUCACUUUGUGUGGCUCGUAUUUGAAGUAUAGUAAAAAUUUACGAGUAUUGCGUUUGGACAGCAAUAAAAUUUCUCGGAUGAAGACUGAUGAAGUGUGCCCACUUAUCAACUUGAGAUAUAUUGAUGUGAGUAGUAAUAAUCUGAGUAGCAUUGCAUGCCUUAAUGUUUUGACUAAUGUAGAAGAAAUACACUGCACUCAUAAUCAAAUUGCAAAGAUUCUAAACCUUCAUUCUUUAAAGAAGCUCCGUGAAUUUGAUGCCAGUAAUAAUGAGUUGACUGAUAUUUCUGGAUUAAAUUCAUUACCCAACUUGUCAGUUUUAACUCUUGACAGUAAUAAAAUAUCUACACUUGAAUCAGUUGGUUUAUUAAAAUCGUUACAGGAUUUAAGAAUAUCCAAAAAUCAAGUUUGUGGGUUGACUCAUGUUAUCAGACUUUUUCCGAAAUUAGAAAUCCUGGAUAUUUCCCUUAACAAAAUCUCUAAUUUUAAGGAAGUGCAAAGUUUAUUGAAUUUUUCCACUUUAAAAGAGCUGUCUUUAUAUGGAAAUCCUGUGGUUUCUGAUGCCAAAGGCAAACAAAAUAUCAUUACUAUGUUAAAUUCACUCAAUUUGGAAGUAUUUGAUAAAGUUGAUAAUAACAAAACUUCUGCUAAGAAUAAACAAUCAAAUGUGAUGCGACCGUUGACAGCCAGUCAGCUUGUGUCAACCAGAUUAAUCGAAGACCAAAUGAAUAACUCUGAAAUUUGUAUUACCAGUUUUGAAGAUCGUCUGAAGUCACAAUUUGCAGUAGUUCACAGCAUGCUUUCAGACCUUCCUUCAGAAGCAUCAAAUUGUACUUCGCCAAGUCCAUUUGCAUUAAGUAGAAGUUCAAGUGGAAGACUUGUCAGUCAAUGUAGUAGCCGAGCUCGCAUUGAAAGUGCAAAAGCAUUUGCAGCAGAACAUUUUUGAUUCCAUCUUGCUUGGCUGCAGUUUAGUCAAAUUCGGUUAUUUUUUAUCCGUGUAUAUUAUUUAUAGUUUUUAGCUUAUCUUAUUACAAAC